AGGAACAAGUAGGGCUUGAAUGUACUUGCGCGCUUGAGACUGCAGAACUUUUAGCCUCAACAGUUCGUUGCCUUGCUGCUUUUGAUACUAUGUGUCUCACCGACGACUUUCUUUACGAGCAGUAAACCUAUCUAACAAGGUUGACCUCUCGUUCAUAGGGCAGUAAAGUCUAGCCUGGCAACGAUUUGUUAGUGAAGCAAGCCAGCCAGGAUGGCCGGGGGCAACCUAUUUAAAGGACUCUACUCCUCGGAUUCUCUAUCGAGACCGCAGCGCCUCGCACGCGCUGCGGCUGUGGGCGUGGUUGUCUGCGGUGGAGCGUACGCGGUGAACCGGCGCUGCCGGCCAGAGUCUGUCCGACCAAAGCAGAGCGAGAAGAGAUUUCUUCUGCCUCAACCAGUUGUGGAUGCCAUAUGCGGCGCCGUCGGCGAGGUAUCGCAGAUAGUUCUGCUAUACCCACUUGAAACCAUCAAGGUGCGGUGUCAGGCCGACUGCCUGAGCGCCACCGCCGUGGUCCAGAACAUGACCCGCAACGGCUGGGGGCCGCACGUGGUGCAGCAGCUCUACGCCGGGCUGGGCUCCGCCGCCGCCUUCUCGGUGGUGGUGGGCGCCAUCCACUGGCUCACCUUCUGCACCGCCAAGCGCGCGGCGCUGGACGUGAUGGUGCAGCAGGCCAACGAGGCCAAGGCCAAGGCGGCGGCGGAGGGCGGCGCCGGCGCGGCGCUGGGCGCCGCCGCCGCCAGCAGCACGGCGGCGCCGGGCAAGACGCACAAGGGCGGCAGCAGCGGCAGCCAGAGCGGCACAGCACACCUGCACGUGUCCAGCGGCCACCACAUGCACGACCAGGAGGUGCGGCUGGAGCGCGGGGCCGCCGCCGCCGGGGGCGCGGCAGGCGGCGGCGCCGCCGGCUCGGACGCGGCCAAGAAGGCGUCAGGGGGCGGCGGCGGGGGCCACGGCGGCGGUCUGGAGGAGGCCCCGGAGGGCGCUGACGUGGGCAUGCUGGCCAGCGCCAACAUGGUGGGGGCCACUGUGGGCGCCAUCAUGACGGCGCUGGUGGAGGGGCCGCUGGAGCUGUUCCGGCACCAGGCGCAGGCGGGGCUAAUCAGCGGCAACCUGUUCCGGGAGAUGAACAACGUGGUCAAGAAGCAGGGCCCCAUGGGCCUGUACUGGGGCUUCCUGCCGUACUGCCUGGAGUCGUUCCCCUACGACAUCAGCGAGCUGGCCACAUACAGCCAGCUGCGCGACGUGUACAACCAGGCCGUGACCCAGGCCAACGCGCUCACGGGCGGCAAGGCCAGCGCGCUGUUCGGGCCGGAGGCCAAGGUGCCCAGCCAGUUGUGGGACAUUGCCAUCGGCGCGGCGGCAGGCAGCGCGGCCACGCUCAUAUCCAUGCCCUUCGACGUGGUCAAGACCUACAUGCAGACGCACGCGGGCGAGGCUGUGUCCAUGUCGGCGGUGGCGCAGGUGCGCGCCUUCUUCGCCACCGGCAGCCGCAUGGUGGCGCAGCACGGAGCCGGCGCGCUGUGGGUGGGCGUGGUGCCGCGCCUGGCGCAGCAGGUGCCCAGCUGCACCAUUUGCUGGUGGGCGGUGGAGGCGUGCCAGCACUGGCUCAAGCCCAUCACCGCGCCCGCGUAGAUACCGUAGGGCGGGUGAUGGUGUGGGGAUGGGGAUGGGGCAGGGCUUGAGGUGGGGGUGAGAGGGCACUGCGAACGGGAGGCGGGUGCUGGGUGGUGCGGCAGGUAGGCGGGGAGCGGGGUUGGCGAAUCAUUUUAAUGCGCGUGGGGCUGCAGUUUUGCAUGCGAGCGUAUGGGUUUGCCCGCAGGGUGUAUGCUCCGGCGGGUGUCGUGUCAUUUUUGCGGCGCGUGUGUGGGCGGCGCUUGGGGUUGAUGUCGUCCUGCGGUGUGACAGGGCAUGUGGCGGGGUCGUCGUACCCAAGCCAUGCCAUGCACGCGGCGCCAUUAAUCUGUUCGGGGUUGAGUGGGAUGGUGCUGAGAGCGGAGAGAGACACUAGAGAGCGGGGAAGAGCGACCUCGCGCGAGGAGUGCUGAGGCCGAAUCGGGCGCGUCCAUCCAGAGCCAGAGUACUGAGGCCGAAUCGGGCGCGUCCAUCCAGAGGCAGAGCAAGCGCACGCGCAAGGCUAGCACCGGGCUACAGUGCUGGUGGUGGUGGCCGCUUCUGAGUAGCCGCUAUGGAACUCCUCAAGUUUUGCCCCACGGCUUGCGCAUUCUUUAUUCCACGGUGUGGGCUAUUAUUGGUUAAGCCCCUUCGCGGGGGCUAUGUUUAUUGAUUGUGCAGUUCGUGCGUGCGUGAGCCCUGGCGCCCGUCGCACGCAGGCACGCGCACUCCAAUUACGUGAGAGCGUAUGUGAGUUGCCGGUGUUAAAAGAAAUGGGUCAGUCGCAGCUGGCCUUGAACGCGGUGUUUAAUGGUCCAGUGGCAAUGGCUGCUUUAAGUGGGCCAGCGCGGCACUGUGGACCCUACCUCGCUCCUGACGGAAACAGGCCAGCCCGAGCCUGAGGAGUUGUGAGCGCACAUGCUUGCCAGCCAGGCAGCCAGCCAGCCGCUGCUGCGCAGGUGCAUAAUUGCAUUCACGCGCUGCAUGGGCGCGAGGCCUGCUGGCGGCAGUGUUGUACGCCAUGCCGCCCGGUCAAGCAGAGGAUGCGACCAUCAGCACAAUGUAGUGCCAAGUCUGGGGCUUACAACGUGGGACGUCUGAGUCCGGGGCACUCCUGGUUUGUGCCGGCAGAGUCGCUGUCUGUCUGUCCGACUCUGGGGCGUUACAACUGGCGCUAUGUGCAGCAAUCUGUGCUGUUAGUGAGGGUUCUGACUGUGUCCUCAACAUCGGGUUACUGUGCAAGACUUGUAACUGUAUAUGAGU